CUGGCCCGGGGGCAGAGAUGCGAGUGGGUUGAGGGGCAGCCCCGAGAAGGAGACGCUACCUGGGGUGGCCGGAGGGUGCUCUCAGGGCGCCUUAGCUCGGUCGGAGGCCUCUGGAGGGACCGCACGACGGCUCCGAGAGUGACCUGGCCGGAGGGACCGAAGACAAAGAGGCCGGAAUCCCGCACCCGCCGCUCCUAGAGUCGAGUCCCGCUCCCGCGAACCCCGCAGCACCCGGAGCCCCUGGCCAGCAACCGAACUCGUCCUCAGGAGACCCAUUACUACUGCCCCCUCGGACUCCCUCUCUCCACCAACUCUGUGACUCCCCACGCCCACCGGCCCUCGCUUCAGGAACCCAAACCAAUCCUCCUAGUGUGCGAGGUUUCCCGUCAGUAGUUCCCGAGUAGUUGCUGAGCGGUUACUUAGGCUGUGAGGGAAAACAAAGACCCAGUAUUCAGUACUUGAUUUUUGUCCCGGGUGGGAAUUGGUAGUUGUGUAGUCUGAGGAGGCGGGGAGGAUGUAAAGGGUCCCCGGAAGGACUGCGGAGGUACUGGGGGAGAUCGGCUGCCACCCGCUGGACAGAGGCUUUUUGUUGCCUUCAGCAAGAGGGUGACUUGCCUUUAGAUUCUCGCCAGCUCCAGGUUUCCCAUAUGGUUCGAACUCACUAUGCAACAUUGGUCAGGGGAGUUGACUGGGAUCAGGUUUGGGAGGAGGUGGAAGAAGGGCAGACAAUACUUUAUACUUUGCUGCUUCCCCAGGCUGCCUUGAAAGUCGCCCAGAAAUGGUAGCUUUUGAAAGGUCUCCAUGCUGUUUGGCUUGCUGUCCUAAAGUUGGUGCUACCUCACAUGGCCGCGUGGUGUAUAUGGGAAGUCAAACCAACCCUUGGCAAGACUUUAGACAUAUGAGUGAGUGUAUUUCUUCUGAUAGUGCCAUCUCUCUCUACCCUAGGAGGAAACUCUUCUUACAGUUGAGAGACUCAUCUGCAGGUGAUUCUCCAAGGACAUGGGAAAAUAGGUGUAAGCCCUCCAACCCUUAAGUGGAGGGAAGCUGCUUUCUGCUGUGAAUGAUGGCCAAACCCAUUCUGAGAGGGAAUGGCACUAACUCUGAGACGUUCCGACAGCGCUUCAGGAGAUUUCACUACCAGGAGGUAGCUGGGCCCCGGGAGGCUUUCAGCCAACUCUGGGAACUUUGCUGUCGUUGGCUAAGGCCGGAGGUGCGCACCAAGGAGCAGAUUGUAGAAUUGUUGGUGCUAGAGCAGUUCCUGACCAUCUUACCUGGGGAGAUCCAGAAUUGGGUACAGGAGCAAUGUCCAGAAAGUGGAGAGGAGGCAGUGGCUCUGGUGGAAGAUUUAGAAAGAGAGCCUGGAAGACCUGGACGUUCGGAGUCAGUGGAACCCCAGCCCAGGGGUGUAACCAAGAAAGAGAGGGCAAGGAGCCCAGACCUGGGACCACAGGAGCAGAUGAACCCAAAGGAGAAGCUCAGACCUUUUCAAAGGAGCGGAUUUCCAUUUCCUAAAUCCGGUGUGGUCUCCAGGUUGGAGCAAGGAGAGCUCCCUGAUCUGGGCUCCAAGGAGAAGGAACUCUCAAGAGGCAGUCACACAGGAGAAAGACAAAUGCAUGCUGAUCUGUUAUCACCCAAGAGAGAGAGAAGAAGCUGGGUGGACCAGGAUCACUGGGGCUUUGAGGAUGAGAAGGUAGCAGGUGUGCACUGGGGCUAUGAAGAGACCAGAACCCUCCUUGCAAUUCUCAGUCAGACUGAGUUUUACGAGGCUCUCCGAAACUGUCACCGAAACAGCCAAGUGUAUGGGGCUGUGGCUGAGCGGCUCCGGGAGUAUGGCUUCCUUCGGACAUUGGAACAGUGUCGGACCAAGUUCAAAGGUCUCCAGAAGAGCUAUAGGAAAGUCAAGAGUGGUCACCCACCUGAAACCUGCCCCUUCUUUGAAGAGAUGGAGGCCCUGAUGAGUGCCCAAGUCAUUGCAUUGCCCAGUAAUGGCUUGGAAGAGGCAGCCUCUCACUCUGGCCUGGUGGGCAGUGAUGUUGAGACAGAGGAGCCAGGGCAAGAGGGCUGGCAGCAUGAGGAAGCAGAAGAGGUUGUGGCUGAAGAGUCGGACAGUGAUGAAAUGGGCCAGGAGGCCACCCCCCAAGACCCCGACAACUCAACUGCACCUGUUCUUUUUCGAAGCCCCAGUGGUGUACACUGGGGCUAUGAAGAGACAAAGACUUACCUUGCAAUUCUUAGUGAGACUCAGUUCUACGAAACCCUCCGGAACUGUCACCGCAACAGCCAGCUGUAUGGAGCAGUGGCUGAGCGGUUAUGGGAAUAUGGAUUCUUAAGGACACCAGAGCAGUGUCGGACCAAGUUUAAAAGCCUACAGACCAGCUAUCGGAAAGUCAAGAAUGGCCAAGCACCAGAGACCUGUCCCUUCUUUGAAGAGAUGGAUGCUUUGGUGAGUGCCAGGGUUGUUGCCCCACCCAGUGACAGCCAGGAAGAAGAGACAGCCUCUUGCCCCAUCCAGACCACCAGUGAGACCAAAGCUGAGAAACAAGCUGAGGCUGCAGAAGAGACCAUAGAAGAAGAUUCUGAGGAUGAUGAAGAGGAUACUGAGGUACCCCUGGGGGUUGUCAUGACCCGUGCUCCAGUCUUAUUCCAGAGCCCCAGUGGUUUUGAGGCUGGAUUUGAUAAUGAAGAGAAUCUAAAACGAGAUAUUUCUGAGGAAGUACAACUACAUAGAACAUUACUUGCAAGGUCUGAAAGGAAACUGUCCCGGCAUCUUACUCAGGGUAAAGGUGGUAAGAGUGAAUGUAGAUCAGGACAACAGUGGGAAACGACCCCAGGGGAGAGAAGAGGAAAACCAACACUCCCAGAGAGGAGCUUAGGUAAAGUUCUAAAUCAUCAGAGACCUUACUUGGGAGAGAGACCCUGUAAAUAUCUCAGAUACAGCAAAAACUUUGUUCCAAACUCCCACCUCAUGCAUCAGAUAUCUCAUCAAGUGGAAAAUCCAUAUAAAUGUGCUGAUUGUGGAAAAAGCUUCAGUCGGAGCGCACGCCUCAUCAGACACCGCAGAAUCCACACUGGAGAGAAACCUUACAAGUGUCUUGACUGUGGGAAAAGUUUCCGUGACAGUUCAAAUUUCAUCACCCACAGGAGAAUCCACACAGGAGAAAAACCGUAUCAAUGUGGUGAGUGUGGAAAACGCUUCAAUCAGAGCUCGAGCCUUAUAAUUCACCAGAGAACCCACACAGGAGAAAAGCCCUAUCAAUGUGAAGAGUGUGGAAAAAGCUUCAACAAUAGUUCUCAUUUCAGUGCACAUCGGAGGAUACACACAGGAGAGAGACCCCAUGUGUGUCCUGACUGUGGAAAGAGUUUCAGUAAGAGUUCUGACUUACGUGCACACCAUAGGACCCACACAGGAGAGAAACCCUAUGGGUGUCAUGACUGUGGCAAAUGCUUCAGUAAAAGCUCCGCCCUUAAUAAGCACCGAGAGAUCCAUAUGCGAGAAAAACUUCUGUCACAGUCAGCACCUAAGUAAGCCUCUGAGAAUUUAAAGAAAAGAUACAUGCAUUGAAAUUGUUAGGAAAAGUCUUCCAAUAGUAGAUCCAUCUCCUAUUCUCUGCCCAGCUAGCUUAGGAAACACUCUAAGAUUUGCCCCACUUUGUCCUUGUUUUUCCUGGGUCUAUGAAUUCCUAAGGUAGUUAUCUUAAGAAUGAAAGGAAGAUUUCAGUCUCUCUCCUUGCCUUCACUGGAAAUGAGAAAUAACACCUUUACCUCUCAGUGCCUAUGUUGUUUCCUUAAUAGAGAGGAUGUAGUAGUAGAUCCCAUGUAUUUAUUUAUCCUGAUACUCGGCUGCAUUUCAACUGGAAAAACUUACCACAGCAGCAUUUCAGAGAGAGGUGGUGAGACUUAUUCUGAGUGGGUCUAGCUCUUUAUAAAAUAAUGGAAAUGCGAAAAAGUGGCUUUUCUUGUUCAUAUAAGUCUGUGCUCAGAAUGACAUUUGUCAUGCCCACUCUUCAUUUACCUUAAAGGAGAAUUUAAUAUCCAUCUUGGUUCUGACCUAUGAAUCAUCUUGUUAAAAGCCUAGGUGUUCUAUAUGGGGAAACAGUAUAAACCUUAUAUAAAUAUUGAGGUACGAACCCUGGAUUUCUUAAUUUCUUCAAAGCCCUAGAAUAUCUGGAAUAGAAUAAUAUAUUUAGAGCAUUCUAGAUAGAUUUUUUUUUCUUCUAUUCCAUCUAAUAUGAAUUUCAUCUGUCCCUGCUGGUCCAGAAGUACAAAGAGCAAGCCAGCUGGAUAUGUUGAUAUGAGAGAAGGCAUUUAAAGCUGCCAGUAGGGGGCUGUCUGCAUUUCACACACUCCAAACACUUAGUAUAGUGUUACACAGCACCCCAUGGUCACUGAAUACCUGCAUUGAGCAGAAACAACUGCCACAUACCCAUGAAUUAGGAAACAGACCCCUUUGUGCCAACAACUCUUUACCCUAAUGGCAAGGAGGACAGAUUAUCUUUGGUCACUGGAGUUGCCAAUACUUGCACACAUGCACAUAUUCAACUGUAUAGAUCUAAUUUUUU